AUGAUCUUCAAUCUUUUCCCUGGGUGUUAUUGUGGAUUGCCUUUCGCAUUUCGCAAGGAUCCCGCACAUCCGGAAUCUGAAGCAAGUCUGAUGGCCUUGAAUAACGAUUCUCUCAGGAACGUCUCGCACACAAAGACUGGGCUCAUACAAGAGAUUGCCGACAGAUUCUCAAUGUCCAGCCUCCCUCAGUCGGUGAGGGUCAUCCGAGACCUCUUCAACAGAUGGAUUGACCUUUCGCGAGAAGCCACCGAGCAGUUGUUUAUCCUGCUUGAGGGUGAGAGGUUUACGGGCAACAAGCUGAACUCGAACCUGCAGCUCCAAGCAGUGUUCGAUGAUGCUCUAGAGGGCAUGACGAAGAAGUAUCUGAAAGAGUAUAUGCGAGCUGCAGUGGAUUUUAUAGAAAAGGAGGACGUCGGGUUAGAGCUCUGGCCUGAGCCCUCCGCAUAA